AUGCGCCCCUGUACCGCCUCCUCAUGCUGCUGCCAGGCCCGUAAUCUGCCAUGGGCCCCCGUACCGACUCCUCAUUGCUGCUGCCAGGCCCGUAAUCUGCCAUGGGCCCCUGUACAACCGCCCUCCUCAUGCUGCUGCCCAGGUCCAGAGUGUGUCAUGGGUCCCUGUACGGCCCUCCCAUUGCUGCUGUCUCUAUCGCCACACUCUGCCAUGUGCCACUUUCAGGUCUCCUCACACUGCUGGUGGUUUCCAUUUUUGUCAUAGGGUGCUGUAUGGCCUCCCAUUGCUGCUUGCUGCCUCCACCGCCACACUGUGGCUCCACACUCUGGUUUUGGCCCCGUGGACUGCCCAAAUGAGUGAAGUGUGCUCUCUCUGAAGCCUAGAAACACCCAUUUUUUAAGUUAAAUUCACAGCGAAUAUAUU